AUGGCAAAAAUUACACGACGCGCCGUUGCCUCGUCGUCGGUAGCAUCAACAACAACAACAGACACUUCAAGGUCAUCUAGAGCAACGAGUUCUUCCACUUUAAAGGCUUCCAAAUCAACUGCUACGGCAAGCGCAACAAUAAAAACCACAACGAAUGCCAAUAACAUUAUCUAUGGCGGUAAGCCAGCACGUUUGGCCGCAACGGAUCUGUCGGACAAACUGGCAAUGCCACUCACUGCAUUUAAUGACACUCCUCCUCUACGCAGUAACGGCACUAUACCCGAUAAACAGUUUACAACUAAUGGGCAUAGCGCCUUACCCGCCGUCACGAAUACAACGACUGGUACCGCUUCCGUAUUCAACGGCUUCAAUGGGCGACACAGAAUCUUCACGGGCAGUGGACGACACAAUAAAAGUCUGGCCGAGCGUAGAAUUGAACAGGAGGAAUUCUAUGCCACUUAUGACGUGAUGACUGGUGUACGUAUUGCCGCAACGCUUAGCGGCUUCUUCGGCUUAAUGGUGUUCCUAAUUGUCUGGAAGAGUCGCAGUAGUUCCAAUGAGACGCUGAAAGUGUUAAAGGAUCCCAAAAUGGCUGCUGUGGCCGCUGUGUGUAUGCAAGAGGAGGAAGAGCGUGAAAUUCAGGAGGCGAUGGUGGCAACUGGCAUGUCGAUAUAHCCGGAUGAAUAUGAUGCGAUUCUCUAUCGGCGACAACGAAUGUUAUCAUUGGGUAAUGUUAGCGCACCACCCAUGCUAAACCGAGGAUAUCGCUUCUCGUCAGUGGAUAUUCCUGCUUUCGAAACUACAGGUGGUGGUGGCUACAGCAGCCUGCUGGAGCCACCUAGGCGUUUUUCCUAUUCGGCAACUUCUGGCGUAGGCAGCUUCACGGGAGGCCGCAGAAAAAGUGGCUCCGAGUCGUCACGUAUACUGAGUAACUAUCCUAUGGGCAGCAGUUUCGGCAAUGAUGAUUACUUUAUAGAGACCGAGGAUGAAUUGGAAUGCGCCGACUACCCACGUAGUGGGACACAUCUUGACGAACUGUCCGAUAUGCCACAACGCACUGAUUCAACGAAAAGUAAACGUGGUUUUCUGGAGGUACCACCUGCGGGACAAGAUUCGCGACGUAGCAGCGCAAUGACAUGUUGCAGUACUGAAAGCUCUUAUUUGGAGCGACGCUGUUCGGCGUUUACCUUAGGGCUGAGCAAUCUACCGCCGACACUUCAACGAAAACUAUCGACAGCCUCACGCGCAUCGAGUACCGACAAUUGGGACUACUAUUACCCCGAUAUACAGGUCAUACAGCCAACACCGAAACCUUCACCUUGUCCAUCGGAGCGUAGUCUUUAUGAACAACUGCAGGCGCAUGCCAACGGUGCUUCCACCUCGAGCGCUAAGGUGACAGGCAAAGGCGCUGAAGCACUGCCGGACAAUUUACCCGUUGCCACCAUCAYAACACAGAGUAAGACUGGCACCACCAAUACUGUGAGAGGCGCUGGUACUCCAACAGAUGCGCAGAAUAUUGUACGUAAGCACAGUAUAGCCUAUUAUGAUCCGGAAAGUGCACAGGGAGGACGUAAACAGGAAAUACAUUCGAUAAGCGCCGACACGGUGGACAUCUAUCCUUAUAAUCAAUCCCAUUAUGAAACACUUGGUAUGAUUGGUUCCAGUGAUGCUGGUGGUACCGCACACAAGACACCACUACAAACUGCGCCGACAACAAGCACUCAGUACGGAUUCCAUUACACCGAUUCGCCGACGGAAGAUUCCCGUGGUAGUCUGCGCGGCAAGGUCACAGUAGUUGAACUGCAACGUCUCACCUAUCCGACAGAAGAGAUGACACCGCCGCCCAUACCAGAGCAUAAUAAUAAUAAUUUUUCAUAUUCCAGUACCGCUGCGGCCAUAGCGGCUGCUGCCGUUGUUACCGCCAACUCCAGUAGCAUCAGCAUCGAUAGCACGCCCAUUAGUUUGGAUAGACUGAAUGGUAGCGGCAGUCUGGGCACCAUAUCAGCGAAAGCACUUUUCAAUGUAGAAAGGCGAGCACCGCUCGCCUCGCUUAGUUCCUUUAAAAUCUCGUCAUUAGAAUAUCAAGACUCGGAAGCGCGUUCCGUUGACGAGGACUCAGUAUUCCUGGACAGUGUGGCCGACACCGAUGAGGAUAUGCAGCAGCUGAGCAGUGACAGUGAUGAGGUCAGCUUCGGUGAACAUGAUCCUACUAGCAUGCGUGAGAAUGUGGYGCUUGUUGUAACACAAGAUUCCGCCGGCAGCAAUAAUGCCGAGGCAACGGCAACAGUGCAUACGCGACCGCAGCCAAUUAAGUAUCCCAUCGAAAAGCGUUAUAGUCUGGGCGCUGCUUGCAAUGCCGGUGUCGCUGGCACGAAACUAACACGCGCACGACGUCCACUGCUGCAACGCCAUCGCACAAUCAGCGUUUCUUCCAGUGAUCGUGUCGCUUUAAUUGGCCAUCAGCUCAAAGAGUUCCAGCACACUGGCAGCGGUAGCCAAACACCGACUACCAUCGCUGAAACGGUGCCGCURGAAACGCAUUUCGGUGCGAUUAUUUGCACCAGUAGCUCACCAACACACCUGCGACGCGCAAAAUUGCUGCAACAGUAUAGCGAUCCGCAAAGCCUGCCGACCACCACAACAACUACAGCAACAACGGAGGAUGACACCUGCUCGACUUUGAAUACGGAACUGUGCGGUGGUAAUGCCGGUGCACAUGGACCGUGCGGUAGUGGCAGCGGCAGUGGUGGUGGUGGCGACACCGGCGGUGGCGGUGGCGGUGGCUCGGCGACUCUGACACAAAACAGCAGCUUAAAUACGGUCGUCAGUUUUGGCCGUUCGAGUCCGCUCACGGACAAUAACAAAACGAGCUGUAGCCUUAGUGCUGGCACAAGCGCUAACGCUCACCACCAGCUCUAUACUAUAGAAAAACAAAAGGCUUCGAAAAAUCAAACGAACAAAACACAACCACAACUGCCAUGCUCCAGACUCUAUGAUGACUCUUGUGCCUCCUCGGUCUCCGACUCGUUGAUCAUCACUUCAACAACGCGACAGCCAAUAAUUUGCAUGCCAGCAUCGCUGAAAAACCUCAUCCUACGCGGUUCCGGUGCCGGGACCAGUUCUACAAYAAUCGCAGAUAAAACGGUGGACACGCCCAGUCUGUUGGUUAGCCGUAGCGCUACUAAUUUGAGCGCGUCGCACACAAAUGUGCGCGAUAGUGAAGAUCGUUCAUGUCGUUCGGUUAUGCUGGAACUGCCGCUAAUAAAGUUACCUACCGAUGAGAGCUCGGAAAGUUCGUCGGCGUCGGAAGGRAAUGCACAACGUGCGCAAAGUAAGAGUGAAGGUUCACGCGAACCCAGUCUGACCAGAAACAGUCGGAAAUGGUCGAAGGAAACACUGUUCUAGCUAGGAACCAAAGCAAGACGUACCAGCUAUAAAAUGGGUUGAACAAAYCGGGCUCAAGUUGUUUACGAAUAUGGUACUCACCAUAGAAGAAKUGUUACAAGUAGCAAAGAGCUGAAUAAAGCAGCGCAGGUGUGGCGUAAAAUAGUWUAGAYGAAAGACUGCAGUUUAGAUAGUGCAAAGCAUCGUUGGAUCCACGUUGAGCUCUCCGACUGCCCCGCUAAGGAAUUGCAUUUGCUGUUGUGUGACACAAAGUUGGCACAAUAACUUUUUACAGGAGCUUAGUAUGUAACAGAUUUUGCAGAAACCAAAAAACCAAAAACAAAAUAAGGAACUCAAAAAACGAAAAAACAACUAAUGAACUAUAAUUGUAAACUAAAAGAUUUAGCAUACAAAUUAUGUAAAUGAAAAUAUUUUGAUUUAUAAGUGAAGAAUACAAAUCACAACACGGAAACGGGUGAACUUAAAGCAUUUCAUGCGUAAUUUAUGCGAUUCAAAUUGUUAUAUGUACGAGUAUUUGAUAGUAAAUAACUGCAUACAUACAUACAUACUUUAUGAAAUUAUAAG